AUGUGUUUGUGGCUACUGACUGCAUGUUUAGGGCUUUUGCCGUCUAAUCCAUCACAGCAAUCCCAAAUUGUUGUAAUACAAGGAGUACCAACGCCAAUUUUGCAACCAACUACAGCAGCCUCGACAACUGCUGCUUCUACAACCGCAUCUACUGCAACGACAACGCCUGCAACCACGCGAAUGCCACCGCCGGCAGCUACAAAUGCUACAACGUCCAUGCCACCUGCACCGACUUCACCACCUACGAUGGCACCAACAACUGCGGGAACAACCACAACUGCAUCGACUACAACAACAACAACAACUACUACAACAACCACUACAACGACAACGCCUCGGCCAACAACUGGUAAUACUAUUGUACCCGCUAUCUCCACGGAUAAUAUUGUCAACUCCACGACUAACUUGCCACUAACAACGCCAUCGAUGUUAUCUGAUAAAGCUUCUACGCAAUCAACCAUCAUAACUAAUAAUUCAUCGGUUAAAGGAACCUAUAUUAUUUUAAUUUGUAAUAAUCCUGAUGUCAUAUGUGUUUCUAAUCCUGAUGACAAUACCACAGGACAGCUGCCGAUAGACCCAAGACUUGGUACCACCACCCAAGGGCCAUCAGCAGAUUUUAGGCUACCACCUAUUAAUGGGUACAGUUCUCAAAAUCCUUCCGAUACAGCUGUACGCUUUCCAAGAGAAAAGAGAAGUGUUAACUAUAAUAACAUAAGGAACAGCGCCCAAUACAUCUACGAAAAUUAUUAUGCCAAUAGGCAUAUUAUACGUAAAAGACAAAGUUGUCGCUGUGUACCAGCUGGUACAUGCGUGAAAAGUAACUAUGGGAGUGGCAUGAUCGAUAUUAGAAUUGUUACACCGACGGCGAUGCCAUGUCCGACAGGACAGGAAUAUUGUUGUGGCAGUACUACUUCACCAAUUUCAUGCGGAACACUGCAAACUUCACCGUCGCCCUCAGUUACACCCGCUGCCGGACAAGCUAAUUAUGGAGAAUAUCCAUGGCAGGCUAUCAUAUUGUCAAAACAAAACGAUUAUAUCGCUGGAGGAGUUUUAAUAGAUCAACUUAAUGUUAUAACGGUUACUCAUAGGCUUUCAACCUAUAUUGUUUCAGGGACUGCUCCAAACGUCAAAGUACGGUUAGGUGAAUGGGACGCGGCUGGAACUUACGAGCCCAUACCUUUUCAAGAGUAUACUGUAGCCAAGGUUUUCACACACCCAUCGUUUGAUCCUAACACUUUACAAUACGAUAUAACUGUAUUGCGGUUGUCUUCGGCUGUUCCCUUUACACCCACGACUGGUGCAGCUACUACAAUAAAUAGAGCUUGUCUUCCGCCCUCAUCGACUACGACCUACACAGGACAAAGGUGCUGGGUAGCAGGUUGGGGGAAGGACAUGUUUGGUAUGCAAGGUCAAUAUCAACAAAUAUUAAAGGAGGUAGAUGUACCGAUCGUUGCGCCCGCCACCUGCCAAUCACAGUUACAAACUGCUCGACUUGGCUCCUCAUUCGUACUCGAUACGACAUCCUUUAUAUGCGCAGGAGGUGAAGCAAAUAAGGAUUCUUGUACGGGUGAUGGUGGAUCGGGCUUGGUUUGCCUAGUGAACAAUCAAUGGGUUGUCGUGGGUCUGGUUGCGUGGGGUCUUGGCUGCGCCAACGCAAAUGUUCCUGCGGCGUAUGUCAAUGUUGCAGGAUUACUGCCUUGGAUACAACAACAAGUAGCGACUGCCUAACUCCAGACCGAUUUCGUCAAAAUUGUAGCAUGUUAUCACAUAUUAUAUAAGAAAGAAGAAGUAACGUUAUUGCUUAUUGUAUGUUAUGUUUUUUUGUGUAGG